AUGUCAGUUUCGAAUUCCAAGGCGAAAACCAACAUCGAAACUGACCGCAGAAUUCUUUUAACCCUCGUCUCAUCUCUUUUCCCUCUAGUAGACUCUCUCUGUCUCUCUAUCGUGCCAUCCCGCCUCGCCAUCCCGUCAGCCGUCCCCCGUCGUCUCCUUCCUCUUCCUGCCGCCCCUCAUCGGACAUUUCCUCACCUUCCCCCUUCCCCUCCUCGCGAAAGAGAUGGGGGAAUCGUCCCCUUCCUCCCUACCGCAGCAAUGGCGGGCCUUCUGCAGCAGCGGGCCGCCAGUUUACCUCAAAAUUGACGGAGAGCAACCAUACGCAGCAGAGGGGUUAGUCGCGGAGGACUUCUCCGACGGGAAAGCCGUAAUAGAAGCAGAGCUUCCAUGCGGCAGACUGCUCCUCUUCGACUUCCUGGGGAGGCGCUGCGUCGACCUCAACGACACCUCCAAGAGCUACCAUAUGUGCUGGGUCGACGCCAGCCAUCAGGUCUACGGGAACGCGACGGAGCACCCAGCCCUUCCCCUGCCGCGAGACAUGGAAGACUCUUCUUCCCUUCGGCAUCAGUGGCGCCAGUUCCGCCGCAGCGGAUUCCCCCGUGCUAUCGCCAUCGACGGGGAGGGUGGUGCCAGGACCGCGGUCCCCUGCAAGGUCAUCGACUUCGUAGCGACGGCUUUCGCUAUAGGGAAAGCAGUCGUUGAGGCACGGCUUCCAGAGGGCCGAGCCGUCCUUUUCGAUUUCUUGCGGAAGGUAAUCGUCGAUCUUGACGAGCCCUCCAACAAGUCCCCCAUCCGUUGGGUGGACAACCAGCAGCGAGUCUUCGCAAACGAACCCGUGCUCGGUAUUGAUGAGCACAAGGUGACAAGGGCUUUCACCGAAGGCACCUCUGGGCGUUUCAAUAUCACCUGUAUAGAGAAGUGUUUGGUCCAUCGCAUUGAGGCAUUCAAGGCAAACAUUUAUCCUCAGCCUCUUGUGUACGGCUGGUAUGGGGGAUUGGUGUCCGAUGUGAAGGAGGCAGCGUAUGGAAGCGGAGUCGUUAACAUAAACAGCACCUUGUUAGCUGCCGGACGCGCACAUGGAAAUGCGGCUCAUGUGUCGCCAAUGAGCCAACCCUACGAAAGUGCCAUGCUUGCUGAGGUGGAUACAAAAGGAGAAGCUCAUUUGUUGUUCUGCUCAAUAGCAUUGGGCCGACAAGAGGUUAUCCCAGCCGGAUCACUACAGAACAGCCCCACUGGCAAACCCUAUGAUACUGGUGUUGAUAAUAAAUUUUAUCCAAGUUGGUAUAUAUUCGGGAGUGGAUGGAUGCAUAACCAAAUAGUACCUCUGUAUGUCCUAAGCUUUAUCAAAAAUCCUGUCCUAACCCCUGGGCUGUCUCCAUUUGGCGUUUAUGAUGAGAUCCAGAAGUCCUUGCCACCCUCAGACUUGCAGGCUGUGGAGAGGUGCUGCAACGUAUACAUGAAAAAUCAGAUUAACACCCCACAGUUUGUUAAGGAAAGGCAACAGCAGCCGAGGGAAAGGCCGGACAACAGCUGCAGCAUCGCGAUAGUGACGCCGGAGGUGAGGACCGCCAAGCGACGUCGAGGAAGCGGAGCCACCGUCUUGGGUCGUGUUCCGGCCGUGGACCCAGGGCGACCCCUACUGAACCCUGACCCUCAAUUGGGAUCAGUCGACCCUGAGUCAGGGACCUGCGAUCCUGGCUUCCAUACUCGCCUUCUCUGUCAGCACGGCACAGCCAGCAACCCCUCGCAUGGCGUGCCUCUCCUUGCGGAAGAGACAGGGGACUCGUCUCAGUCAUCCCUGCCGUGGCAAUGGCGUCAGCUCUGCAGCAGCGGCCUGCCCGUUGAAGUCAAAAUUGAGGGGGAUAGACCCUGCAGGUUAGCAGGUUUAGAGAAAGCAUUUGAUCAGGGGAAGGCCAUCUUUGAGGUGCAAUAUCGCGGCAGGCGGAUGCUUUUUGAUUUCUUGGAGAAGCGCUGCGUCAACCUUGACGACCCCAGCAAGAACUACCGCAUGCGCUGGACUGACAGACGCCGUAAGGUCUACUGGAACACAACUGAACCUGCAGCUGACUCAUCAGCUUCAUCCCUGCGGCAGCAGUGGGAUGAGUUCUGCCGCAGCGGACCUCCCACAAGUAUCUCUGUCAAACUGAAGGGUGACACCAGGUUCAUUCCCCGCGCCACGAUCGAUUCAAUAGCGGCCACCUUCACAGAAAAAAUAGCAAUUGUCGAGGUACAGAUUAUGCCCAGUGGACAAAGGGUUCUGUUUGUUUUUUUAAGAAAAGUGAUCAUUGAUCUUGAUGAACCUUUCAAGAAAUGGAACAUUUCAUGGGUGACAAAGAUAAUUGGUUCUUCACGAACCAACCUAUUCUAUGGACCGAUGAGCAAAUGGUGAGAAAUGCCUUCACUGAGGGCACCUGUGGAAGUUUCAAAAUCAAUUCCAUUCAGAAGUGUGCUAUUCAUUGGCCACACCUUGAGGCGUUCGAGAAGGCGUUCGAGGAAAUUAUGUCAGAGCUGGAUAUUAACUAUGGUUGGUAUGGCGGAUUGGCAUCUGAUGUCAAGGAGGCAGUUUAUGGAAGUGGCGUCGUCAACGUCAAUAGUGCCCUGUUGGCUGCUGGGCAGGCACACGGUUAUGGGAUCCAUAUAUCACCAAUGAGGAAGCCUUAUGAAAGGGUCGUAAUUCAGGGCCUGAAGACGUUGCUUGUCCCCAAGCAAUGGCGAACGGAAAGCUCUGCUUCAGGACCUGUAAGUCUUCCCAAGUAGAAUCCUCAGCCGGGAUGCCAGUCCACUUGAUAAGACCUUGUGGAAUCACAGCAUCGCCUUCUUCACCAAACGACGAUCCAGAAUCUCCUCGGGUUCAGGUGCGGCCACUGUGAAAUCAGGCAUUUUGGGGAGAUCAGCGAACACAGGAGUAUGGUCUGGAUUGAAAUUCUUUAGCUGGGAAACAUGAAACACAUCAUGGAUUUUACUCCCAGGCGGUAGUUGAAAACGGUAAGCAACGGCGCCAAUACACUCCAGAAUAGGAUACGUCCCGAAGAACUUUAAGGCGAGCUUGGGGUACGGUCGAUUGGUGACAGAGGACUGAGUAUACAGCUGCAGCUUCAGAAACACUUGAUCACCAACCACACAUACGUGCUCAGACCGAUUGCGAUCUGCUUGCAACUUCAGAGUUGGUAAUUGCCCUGCACCCCUGAAUGAUCACCGAGAGCACUAGUGUGAAAAGGCAUGAAUUAGUUCAGUGCGAAGGGCUGAGUUGUUACGUAUCCAAAUCCGGCCAUGGAGACGAACUAAUCCAUGAUUCAGCGAGAAACCAGCCUCAUCAGGAGAGUGUACCGCCAGAGACUGCAAUUUUUCUGUUGGGCGACAAUAUCAGUUUGGUAGGAGUUCAACAAUUCCUGAAUCCACAUGGGAGUAGCGGUAGAGAACUAGAGAUAGCUUGAAUAACCAUCAGAUGACCAACACGGGAUAGAGCCUCCGCAGCCGCGUAAUCCCGGCCACGACGAUACACAAUUUUGAACUGAAGACCCAUAAGGCGAGCCAUUGCCUUGCGCUGCCAAUCAGAAUGCAGAGUCUACUCGGACAGAAACGUAAGGCUCUGGUGGUCAGUUUUAAACAGAAACUCGCUACGUUGUAAGUAAGAACGCCACUUUUCCACAGCCAAAAACAGGGCAAGCAAUUCUUUCUCGUAGAUGGACAAUUGCUGAUGUUUGGGACUCAGAGCCUUACUGAGAAACGCCACCCGGUGAUCUUCCUGGAGCGACACUGCACCCACACCCAAAACGCAUGCAUCGGUUUCAAUGGCAAAAGGAAGGGAAAAGUCAGGUAACCGCAGCACAGGGGUAGUGACCAUGGCCUGUUUAAGAGCAAGAAAAGCUGCUGUAACUUGCUCUGUCCACACAAAACUUCUUCAACAGAGAAGUCAGAGGCUUCGCGAUGAUCCCAUAAGCAUGAACAAACUUACGAUAAUACCCUGUGAGGCCAAGAAAUCCCUGCAGUUCUGUCACUGGGUAGGUUGGGGCCAGCGCUGCAUAGCCUGUGUCUUGCUCGGAUCAGUAGCCACAGCACGAUCUGAAAUAAUAUGCCCGAGAUACUCCAAGCUGUUCUGGGCAAAAGAGCAUUUGCUGCGUUUGACCGCCAACUGAUGGUUGCACAACUGCAAGACUGUGCCCAGGUGCUCGACUUGGGCUUCUAGAGUGGGACUGUAGACCAAUAUGUCAUCAAUGAACACCAGUGUAAAACGACCGAGGCAGUCAUGGAGAACAGAGUCAUCACGCGUUGGAAAGUUGCGGGCGAGUUCGUCAAGCCAAACGGCAUGACAUGAAACUGAUAAUGCCCCUGAUGCGUCUUAUAUGCAGUUUUCUCAUCCUCGGCGCGCAUACGAAUCUGAUGGUACCCAGCACGCAAGUCCAGUUUGGAGAAGUAGCGUGUGCCGGCCAAUUCGCCGAGAAAUUCGUCGAUUACCAGCAUGGGAAAUUUGUUUUUGAUAGUCAGAUCAUUGAGGCAACGGUAAUCGAUGCAAAUAUCCAUGAACCGUCUUUCUUUUGCACCAACAAGACUGGCGAGGCAAACGGACUCAUGCUCGGGAUGAUGAUGAUGCCAUCAGCUAACAUCUGAGACACUUGGCGCUCGAUCUCGGUCUUGUGCAAGGGAGAGUAACGGUACGGGUGAGCAUUGAAGUGCUGCUCCCCGGUGUAAGGUGAUAGUAUGAUCAUACAUGCGUGGAGGGGUAAGGCCAUGGGGCUCUGCGAACACAUCAUGAAAUUCAUCGAGAACAGACACCACCGCGGCAGCGAGCAGUUCUGGAACUGAGGAAGAGGUUUCCUGAACCACCGCCAGCCCCCAGAUCUCAUUGCCCUGUUGCCACUUGAUAAAUUGCUCAACGGACAGCUCGUCCUGGAGCAGAGGGGAAGGAGGUGGCACACCUUGUAACCGAAUGCGAUGUCCACGCUGAUCAAAUUGGAGCAUACGAUUCUCCCAGUCGCACAACAUUGGACUACGACGGUGCAGUCAGUCCAUGCCCAGAAUGGUGUCAUAUGCCCCCAUAGACAACACAUGCAUAUCCAUUUCAAACGUAUGGCCUUGUGUCCACCAUUUCAUGUGCUUCACCAUUUUGUCACAUUGUAACUGUUGACCAUUUGUCACACGAACAGUAACAGGCGGCAUAUCCGUCAGAGGAAGCGAGACACGUUCAAGGAACGAACUGUUCAGGAAGCUGUGAGUACUCCCAGAAUCGAUCAAAAUCAGCAACACCUGAUAUUUUACCAAGGCACGGAGGCAAAUUGUAUCAUUGUCAACUGUACCUGCCAUAGCAUGCACCGAGAGGUGGUACUGUUCCUCUGCCGUGGAAUCAGCUACAGCCAGAAUAUCUAAAACUUCAGAACUCAAUUCAGACUGAUGCUCCUCAACGGUCAGCGCAUGAACAGUUGCUUGGUCCUUCUUGGCGCAUUGAUGACCCGGCUCGUAUUUAUCCCCACGACGAUAGCACAGGCCUUGAGCACGCAGAUAGUCCCGGAGUUGAUGUUCACGCCAGUACCCCUGCCUUUGCCUAGCAGCUCCCCUAGGUUGGUCAGUCAAGUUUCUGAGCAGCGGGAGCCCUCACACCAUAGUGUUUGGAUGUACUGCUGAAUCUCGUGUUGAAUCAAAGCUACGCAAAUGGCCUGGUCCACGGAAGUUGGCACCUGAGACUCCACGGCACCAUGCACCUCGGCCUUCAGACCUCGUAAGAAAUGGGACACAAAGAAGUGAUCAUCAUAGGUGGGAUGAUGCAUCACCACCUCAUACUGCAGCUCUUCGAAUUGCUCACAAUAUUCAUCGACAUAGCCACGUUGGUUGAACUGCAGGAAAGCCUUCAUCGACUUGCAUUCAGAAUCGGCCCCAAAUUUGCGCUCCACAUCAGUGAUGAACACCGGCCAUUCCAGCACAGCAUGGUGAAUGUCUGCAACCAGAGUGUUGCCUUCCCAUCCAUGUGCAAUGUCACGGAAGUGAGCCAAAGGGUUGGAUGAAUGUUGAAGACCCGGAAAUAAUCCAAGCACUUGUCGCACCACACUCGUGGCUGAGCACCAUCGAACCGGGGAAAAGAAAUCUUCGGCAGAGGCGUGCGAUGAGCACCCUGCAGCUCUGGUCUACCGCCACCAUGUGCGCCACCGCCGCCCAGCGCGCCACCCCUCAAGAUACUAAGACCACCCCCAGCGCCACCAGUAGGUCUACCGCCGCCAGCACCUGCCUCCAGAUAUUGCAUCUCCGACAAUGACCCAGGGGAAUGCUCGUGAUGAGCCGAACAGGUGCCCUUACCAUGAGGAUGAUGAAUCGAGGGGUCAGGAUCGUCCUCGUCGAUUGAACGCUCCUGCCUCAACCAAGCCAGAUCGUGCAUCUGCUCUGCCAGUUGGCCCGCCAAAUCCUGAAAACGAUGAGCCGCGGCAUCAUGAAGCUGAUGGCUGCUCUGGACUGCCUGUGCGGUGAGGUCCAUCUGCGCCGUCCUCUGUUUCUGGGUCCUAGCGGUCAGUUUUGGGGGUAAAUCUGAUGAAAAUCUUAAAUGGGGUAAAAUCUGGUACACCUUUUUCUAAAUGGGAAGAAUGAGAUCUGGACCUCGAGUUUUGUUGAUUUUCUUUCUGUUCAUGGUGGUGAGGGAUUGUUCCGAGCUGUGGCAAGAAGCAUAGCUGAUAAAUGAAGCCUGUCUGUUGAAGAAGACAAGAAAGACGACUUGGAGAUGUUUCCUGAGGACUGGUUGUAGAUAGUAGCCUGGAUCAGUCGUCGUCUUCUCCAUCGAUUAAUUCAUCUGUCUGUCGUUCUAGCAGAACGAUUUUGUUCAUCUGUUCGAGUCAAUAUUCUGCCUUCAAUUUUGUCACGUACUAUCUGCGUUCAUGUGUAACCCACCAUCGAUACAAACAAAUGAAUUCGAUUGCCUCCUGUAAAAAAAUGAUGAUCGAUCGGUCCCGACUCAUAAUUUUUUUUUUAAUUUGUA